CUAACAUUAAUAUCUGAAUUAUGUUGAGGUCUCCAAGCAAGAUGAUUUGUUGUCUUCAGAAAGCAUACAGAGCUUUGAUCAUAAAACUAAGCACUUAGAUAUCAUCUUACCAAGACAUAUUAUUGGGACAUAUAGUGUGCCAACUGAUAUUUUUUUUACAUUUUAUUCAGGAAUCUGCUAUACUGUUGUGAAGAUUGCAUUGAUUUCAAUUAUCAGCUGAAUUUCAUCUUGCUUUUUGGUUAUAUAAAUAUCAACAACUGCCCCUAAUAGCAUGUUUUUGUUAAGUUUUGACCUCUGAAUAAAACUUUUUUUUUUACUCCCCUAGAAUGAGCUCCAUAUUCACUAAAAUCAUAAUAUAAGUACUGAUGUAUCAAAUAGGACACUCAAUGGAAAAACGCAUAUGCAAUUUUGUUUUGCACAUUUUUUUUAUUAUAUAUUAUCUAAAGAUUCAGUGAACAUGUGAUCCGAAACCCCUAGACAGCCAUCCACAUACACAAGCCAUACACAAUACUCUAUAUAAACAGCAUAAAUACACUGCAAAGUAAGAGUCAUGUUGUGUCAUCUGUUAUGAUUUGAACUAUCUGGAUCACUGUUUGCAGGUAUCUCCAUUUUACUGAUGGACUGGAAAGCUGCCAGCACCUAGAAACAAUGGAGACUGAAUCCUGAAAAAAGGCACCUGUUAAUCUAAAACAAACAAACAAACAAAUAUAUUUGACAAAAGUCUAAUGUACCAAUUUUGUUUUUACAGUGUAUUGAACAUUUUAAGAUGAAAAAUUCAUCCACCGUGUCAUCGAUUGUAUUGGAAGCUUUUUACAGAAUGGAGGACCUUAAAUACCUUUACUUUGUGACAUUUCUCGUGUUAUACAUGCUUACACUCUUUGCUAACGCCAUUGUGAUUUUUGUCAUAACUAUCAACAAAGUGCUUCAUAAUCCUAUGAAUUACUUUCUAUGUAACUUGGCUGUAAAUGGCGUCUACGGGGGCACAGCUUUGCUUCCCCCCCCCUUGCUGGGUACUUUAAUGUCUCCUUCUCAUGAGGUAUCUUUGGCAUGGUGUAAGGCUCAGAUCUACUUCCUGCACACAUAUGCUAUCAUAGAGUUCACCAUCCUGUCAGUGAUGUGCUACGAUCGCUAUGUGGCCAUCUGCUACCCAUUGCAGUAUCACAGUAUUAUGACGAUCACAAAAGUGUAUAAACUGAUUGCCUUCUCAUGGGGGUAUCCUUUAGUGACAUUUGUUUUGUUUUUCAUUAUGACUCUGCGCUUAACAAUCUGUCAAAAUCGCCUCGGGAGGGUUUACUGCCUCAACUUUUAUCUGGUCAAAAUGUCUUGUGGGAACACAUACAUUGAGAGCAUUUUGGGAUUGAUUUUUCUUGUUUUAUACUCUUUUCCUCAGCUUUCAAUGACUUUCUAUUCAUACGGACAUAUUCUGAAAAUAUGCUUUACUGCCACUAAAGAGUCUAAAAUAAAAGCACUGAAGACCUGCACUCCACACUUAUUUGCAAUACUGAACUAUAGUGUGGGAUGUUUUGUUGAAAUUGUACAAAGUCGCUUUGACACAAGUUAUCUUUCCUUUGAAACACAAAUGUUUAUGUCUCUUUAUUUCUUUAUAUUAACUCCCAUUCUAAAUCCAGUCAUCUAUGGGAUGAGUGUUAAAACAUUAAGAGACAAUAUUUUUAGACUGGUUGGCUCUAAAAAAAAAAAGGAAAGGUUAUUGUUUUUAAAGUAGGAUCUUUGGAACACAAGUGAGAGUGUAAAAAAGGCAAUACUGUUCUCAGUAUGAGAAGCAAGCACCAGAAGUCUAAUCUCUGAAGUGAAAACACAACUAAAUUAUGUUAACUUGUAUGUGACUUUUUUUUAAAUUUAUUAUUAAACUUAAUGCUAAUUCCAUGUAAAUUUGACAUCUGAAGGCCCGAAAGAGUCCCAUCAUGCUUUUCAAAAUCAGAACAUUUUGUGUCUGUAAUAUAUGUGUUGUAUUUAAAAUGCACAACUGUGCAUGCAUUAACUGGAUUUGCCUGUCUUUUUUUCAUAAGAUUAUUAAACAGUCAAAAUAGACCUGUCAUAUUUCACUUGUUCAAUAAAGAUGGAUAGAAUGUAUAUUAUUUGUAAGUAAUGUGCAUAAAUUAAUUAAAAAAGAGAAAUACAUAUCUUAUGUAAGACCAUGUGCUGCUCUCUAAUGCAUCACCAUGACAGAUGUGCUCUUUACAGGCCUCCAAAACAAUCAACAAUAAUUAGGUCCCGGCUCCGAACACACUUUGUGUCACACAUUAUAGUGCUAUUUAUAACAAAUGCUUAUUUUGUCAUCAUUGUUAUUCUAUUUAUAAUAAACAUUUUAUACUGUUAUGGGCCUAAAAGUUUUAAUUAGUCUGUUUCUAUACUCUUCUAUAUUUUGUUUUGUUUUGUCUAAGGCAUUUUUCCCCCUGCUGAGAUAAUUAAAUUCUAAUAUUAAUGCCAUGGUUUAGCAAUUAUGCCAUUCAACUCUAAUCUGCAAUAAGCACAAAUAUUUUACCCCUAAUUUAUAUUUAACCUUCAUGCAUCUUUAUGGACAUUUUUGUUAAUGCCAACAGCAUACACAUUUGGCACAAGUGUGUAUUUUUAUUAGAAUUGUAAUAUUUCACCAUCAUUUCCUUUAAUAAAUCUAUUUUACACUAGGUACACAAAAUAGCUGACCCCGAUGGAGAGAGUCAAGAGGACAAAAUCAAAAUAUAAGGCCAUAAUGACCAGCACUUAUGAAAACAAUGCAUGCAAAGACUGAUGCAAUCAAAAUAACAUUAUAUUUCACCUUUAAGCUAAUAAAAUAAAAUAAAUAAAAAAUCCAAAGUGCACACACACAGCA